GAAUAGUCAAUUAUAGUUUUGAUUGUGAAACAAGUAAUAAAAUGUAUUGUAUAAUAAUAAUAAUGUGUAUAUUAAAGUAAAGGGAAUGUAUUUUACUAUAGUCAGUGUGUAAAUUAAAGUAAUAAAAUUUAUUUCACAAUAAUAAUGUCUGUACAAAUAUUUUACAUUAAAAAUGGCUUUGACCUUAUCUAAAUCCCUCUCCAUAAAGUACAUUACAAGAGUAGUUUCUAUUAAUAUUUUUAAUUACAAGAUAUUUUUUUGAUUCAACACUCCCAUAUUUUUUUUAAUUUUUUUACCCCACAAAAAUGAAUAAGGGCAAACAAGAUAGCGGAGCAAAAUACAUUAAGAUUCAAGUUAUAGGAGGAGAACUUCCUGGUCCAGUUUUAGCACAAAGGGCUGGUUCUUUUGGUAUUCAGAUUAAGAAAGUUGGAGAAGACAUUAAGAAUGCUACUGCUGAAUUUAAAGGACUUAAAAUUGUUGUUGAACUUGCAAUCGAGGCUGGUAAGGUAGGGAUUGAAUUACACCCAUCCACUUCCAUUCUUCUCAUAAAAGCCCUUAAAGAAGUCCCAAGAGACAGAAAGAAGGUUAAGAAUAUUAAGCAUGAUGGAGAUUUAUCACUUUCUGAUGUCAUAGAAGUGGCUAGGAAGAUUAGAUUUAAGAGUUUUAGUAAACAAUUAUCUGGUACAGUUAAGGAGGUCCUUGGUACUUGUUAUUCUAUUGGAUGUACUGUUGAGGGUAAGACCCCUAAGGAAGUUACUCAAUUAAUCAAUUCGGGGGAAAUUAGAAUACCAGUUGAAUAAAUUAAUUUUAUUUAUUUUGUUUUUGUCUAGGGGUAGCCUUUUUCCCCUUUUGUUUUAUUCUAAUCAAAAUGGAAAGUGUCAUAUUUAAAUCAAGUGAU